CCCUAUUCUAUGACUGAGAUUCUAUGCCUUUUCUAUUUUCUAACCUUAUUAGAAGUCUAUUAUUUUUGUUACAUUCUGAUUUUCACUAAACAAUAAUGAGUAGUAGCCGAAAUGAUUUGUCUUCAGAGAAAAAAAAACAUUAUGGCAAACGAAAAAUGGAUUCUUAUUCUGAUUAUGUUCAUGGGGUAGACCGUUCUAAACGCCAACCUUCGCCCGAUAACAGAAGAAUUGAUUUCUACAAAUAUGAGUUGAAGAGAUUUUUGCAAGAACACGCAAAUCUACAGAACGUUGACGACUUUUGGAAGUUUUUUGAGAAAUAUCAAAACCGUCAGCAAGGCAAAAUAUCUGAUUUUGAUAGGAAUUUUCUCUUGAACAUUGAAAUACAAGAUAAACGUAGUAUUUUGUUUGAUAGACUUCCAGUAUUAGAUAAGAAUGGCAGAAAAGUUAAAAUAAAAUAUGAAGAUUUCAAAGAAUUUCUCUUAGUAAUAAAAAUUUAUAAUGAUUUUCAGCAGAAAAUGAAAUUUUUAAAGUUGAAGAAACUAAGAAAAGCACAGAGUGAACUACCAAUUGCACAAUAUAAAAAUGAAAUUAUACAAAAACUAGAAGAAUCAAGGGUACUACUGAUUGCAGGUGAUACAGGGUGUGGAAAAUCGACUCAAGUUCCCCAGUAUGUUUUAGAAGCUGGCUAUAAAAAGAUAGUUUGUACUCAACCAAGAAGAAUAGCUUGUAUUUCAUUGUCUAAAAGAGUGGCCUAUGAGACCUUAACAGAAUUUAAAAGCACUGUUGGUUACCAGAUAAAGUUUGAAAAGUCUAAAAGAGCAGAUACUGCUAUAAUUUUUAUGACUGAAGGUCUUUUGUUGAGACAAGCAAGUGAGGAAACAACAUUGAACUCUUAUGAUGUUAUAAUUUUGGAUGAAGUGCAUGAAAGACAUUUGUUUAGUGAUUUUUUGGUUGGAGUUAUGAAAUGUCUAUUGUAUAAAAGGAACAACUUCAAAUUGAUCCUUAUGUCGGCAACUAUAAAUUUGGAAUUGUUUCAAAAUUAUUUUGCUGAGGAAAAAGUUCAAGUGAUACAAGUCCCAGGAAGGUUAUAUCCUAUAGAAAUCAAUUAUAGACCAGUGAUUAAGGAUCCAUAUGAAAGACAGAAAGACAAUUUUAACUGCACUCCAUAUCUUCAAAUUAUACAGAUGAUAGAUGAGAAAUAUCCUCCAAAUCAAAAAGGGGACCUUUUGAUCUUUUUGAAUGGUUUUAAUGAGAUAUCAAAAUUAGCAGAUGCUGUGUUGGAGUACAGUCACCAUAAAAAGAACUGGAUUGUUUUACCUCUCCAUAGUACAUUAAGUUUAGAGGAUCAGGACAAGGUGUUUGAUUAUCCUCCCGAGGGUGUUAGGAAAUGCAUAAUUUCAACAAAUAUUGCAGAAACUUCAGUUACAAUAGAUGGAAUUAGGUUUGUGAUAGAUUCAGGUAAGGUGAAUAGAAUGAUGUACCAUACUAAUGGAGGUGUUAAUAAAUUGUCUGAAAUGAGCAUCUCCCAAGAUUCUGCAAAGCAAAGGAUGGGAAGGGCUGGUAGAACAGGACCUGGUAUUUGUUUCAGAUUGUAUUCAGAAGAAGAUUACAGUCAGUUUGAGGCUUUUACUCCUGCAGAGAUCCAUUUGGUGCCAUUGGAAAGUCUGAUCUUAUACAUGAUUUCAUUAGGAUUAAAUGAUAUUGCCAACUUUCCCUUUUUGGAAAAGCCAAGUGCCAAUAGUCUGGAACAAGCAGUUGAAAAGUUGAAAUUCUGUGGUGCCUUAGGGCUUGAUAAUAAUACCCUAGAGUUAACUCCUUUAGGACAAGCUCUGAGCACUCUACCAGUUGAUCUGACUAUAGGAAAAAUGUUGAUUCUUUCUACAGUGUUCGGUAAAGUAAACUCAGUGUUGGCUUUAGCUGCACUUCUCAGUGUUCAGAGCCCCAUAUCACAGACAGCUCAUAAGAAUUUAGAUGCAGAAAAUCUUAGAAAACCACAUGAGUCAUCCCAUGGAGAUCCCCUAACCUACCUUAAUCUAUACAAGGAAUGGCUGGAUGUCAAGCAGUCUUCAACACCUAUUUCCAAGCAUUCAAAUACCGAGAGUUCAAGAAAAUGGGCUAAAAAACGUUGUUUGGAAGAACAACGUUUCUAUGAAGUCACCAAAUUGCUUCAACAAUUCAGAGAUAUUUUGAGUGAAGCAGAAUUACUAUCAAAGGACAUAGAACCCAAUUUAUCAAGUGGAGAAAGAGCUAUAAGAUAUGGUGAGCUUAAAAAUUUGAAAUCGAUGAGGUAUCAAAUGAAACAAGAAGAAAAAACGAGAAGGAGAAAGCAGUUAAAAUAUGAAAAUUUCAAUGAGUGCAACGAAGAGGAUGAUCAGAAUGAUAUAAGGGAUGUAGAGUUUAGGAUAUCCAAUGAUUUCAAGAAGUUGCAAAAUUUACUGGAGGAAACAUCAGCUGACAGUUUUAAAGAUGUAGUAUUGUUAAAACUUAUAUUAACAAGUGGUCUCUAUCCUCAGAUAGCAGUCGAAGAUGAACACAACUCCUCUAAAACAGUUUCAGAGAGGCUCUUUCAUACCAAGUCUAAAAACUUCUUGUUUUUAAGACCAACUAGUUUUUUUGUUACCAAUCCUGAGAUAUUGCAACUCCACAAUGAUGACAUUGAGGUACCUCCCCCUAAUUAUUUCAGUAACAAGCCUAUAAGCCGUAAACAUCAACUGUUGGUAUAUCAGUCAAUUUUAGAAACUAAAAAAGUUUAUUUGAUGAACUGUUUUCGAAUGCCUGCUUUGCAAACAUUAAUGUUGUUUGGAAAGAGUAUUUGUACAAAUUCAAGUUUUACUAAAUUUGUAUUUGAUGAUUUUUUGAGUAUAGACAUUCCAUAUUAUGGGCAAGGGAAAAAACUACUGCAGUUGUCCACAGAAUUAAGACUGAAGUGGAAAACAAAUCUGGAGAAGAAGCUGGAUAAAACAGAAUUAUCAGAGAUGAAUAAAAAAGAUAUAUUUUAUUUUAUUGAAGACUUGAUCUCUUUCAUGACAACAGAUGUCAGUUAUAAUAUUAAGAGACUAUUUACUGCGGAUUUGAAAGUAAUAUUCAAGAAAGAAUGUGAAUUCUUUGAUAAUGAAGACUCUUCCUUCAAUCCUUUUCAAGAAGAAUUCACUAUUGUACAAAAUUUUGAGUUCGGAGGUGUUAACCUUACUGAGAACAUUGUUUAUGAUUGUUUGAUCGAUGAGGACUGGGUUUGGGAUUUGGAGCAGAGAAUUUUAGAAGAAGUCUUUGUUUGUGACUUAUGCAGUAAUGAAAUAAUUGGAUGUUCCAUUUUUAAGAGGCUUCAACACGAAGUUAAGUGCAAGAAGACAAGUGGGAAUAAAAAAGAAUCUGAGGAGGAAAUUACACAAGUGGUUGUAAAACCUAAUUCAAAAGUUUUUGAAUGUGAAAAUUGUAGACAAAAAUUGUUAUUAACUCCUGUAGAUAUUUUGAAACAUAAAAAAUUAUGUAGUUCGAAGGACCUUUAAGCUCUUCUUAUCCUAAUUUGUUAUGGUAUUUAUUUAUGUAGAUAUAAGACAUAUAUAAUUAUAAAUUCAAUAUGACUAUAUACCUAAUCAAAAUUUAUUUUUUCAAUUAAAACUUGAGAAAAUAACUCUUUCAUUAUGA